CGGAUCUAGCCUGGCUGUGCAGCUUUUCCUUUUGGAUAAAUGAAAUGGGGGAAAGAGUGACUUUGGAUGAAGUCUCCGAUUUCUCCGUUCUGAAUCUCUCCUUCGGGAUUUUAAAUGUUUGUAUGGGGAUCUAGUUCUUCAGGUGAACCUGGAACCGGUCUCUAGACUCUAAUCCAAAGUCUUUAUCUGCGUGAAGUAAGCAGUACAGGUCUGUGGUGUUUCUCCUUGAAGGACACACAAUGCUCUCCAAACUAGCACGUUUGCAGACUGUUGCUGUGCUUCGUCGAGGAGUUCAUUCCUCAGUGGCUUCCGCCACAUCCGUUGCAGCUAAAAAGACAGUCCAAGGCCCUCCAUCCUCUGAAUACAUUUUUGAACGGGAAUCUAAAUAUGGUGCGCACAAUUACCAUCCUUUACCUGUGGCCCUGGAGAGAGGAAAAGGUAUUUAUGUUUGGGAUGUAGAAGGCAGAAAAUAUUUUGACUUCCUGAGUGCUUACAGUGCUGUCAACCAGGGGCACUGUCACCCCAAGAUUGUGAGUGCCCUGAAGAGUCAGGCAGACAAAUUGACCUUAACGUCUCGUGCUUUCUAUAAUGACGUCCUUGGGGAAUAUGAGGAGUACGUCACUAAACUUUUGAACUACCAUAAAGUUCUGCCUAUGAAUACAGGAGUAGAAGCUGGAGAGACUGCCUGUAAACUCGCUCGUCGGUGGGGCUACACUGUGAAGGGCAUUCAGAAAUACAAAGCAAAGAUUGUUUUUGCAGCUGGAAACUUUUGGGGUAGAACCUUGUCUGCUAUCUCCAGUUCUACAGAUCCAACCAGUUAUGAUGGCUUUGGACCCUUUAUGCCAGGUUUUGAAAUCAUCCCAUAUAAUGACCUGCCUGCACUUGAGCGUGCACUUCAGGAUCCAAAUGUUGCCGCCUUCAUGGUAGAACCAAUUCAGGGUGAAGCAGGUGUUGUUGUUCCGGAUCCAGGGUACCUAGUGGGAGUACGAGAGCUCUGCACCAGGCACCAGGUCCUGUUUAUUGCUGAUGAAAUACAGACAGGAUUGGCCAGAACCGGUAGAUGGCUGGCUGUUGAUCAUGAAAACGUCAGACCUGACAUAGUUCUUCUUGGGAAGGCCCUUUCGGGUGGCUUAUACCCUGUGUCUGCAGUGUUGUGUGAUGAUGAAAUAAUGCUGACCAUUAAACCUGGGGAACAUGGGUCAACAUAUGGUGGCAAUCCACUGGGCUGCCGAGUGGCCAUAGCAGCCCUUGAGGUUUUGGAAGAGGAGAACCUUGCUGUGAAUGCAGACAAAAUGGGGACUAUCUUGAGAAAUGAACUCAAGAAACUGCCCUCUGAUGUUGUAACUGCUGUCAGAGGAAAAGGAUUGUUAAAUGCCAUUGUUAUUAGAGAAACCAAAGAUUAUGAUGCUUGGAAGGUGUGUCUGCGACUUCGAGACAACGGGCUUCUGGCUAAGCCAACCCAUGGCGACAUCAUCAGGUUUGCACCUCCACUUGUGAUCAAUGAGGAUGAGAUCCGGGAGGCAGUGGAGAUCAUUAACAAGACUGUCCUGUCUUUCUGAGGGUAGGAGCUGUUCAGUGGCCCCAAGAAGCUGGCUGGAGCCAGGGGUCUUGUAAAGCUUUGCUCUUAUUGCAGGCACAUUCCACUCCCAUAUGUCUUCAAAAACAUUUUUUUUAAUACGUAUUUUUUUCAGUUGGUACAUGACAGAGUGUGACAUUUGUGAACCAGCAGUUGACUGUGUAACAUAACCAAGGGAAUGAAUGGCAUCUGUUAUUUGUUAAGUGUUACUGACUGCAUGUGUACUCGCUAAGGUGAAAUACAUCCAUUUGUGUAUGAACAGCCUUCAAAUCAAGUCUUUCAGUAUAAUUUACUUUUUUUUAAAAAUAAUUUUCUUAUAUAAAUGUUUUGUAUUUGAAAUGGUUAUCUCUCAUAUAUUACAUAAAAGACUUUCUUCAUCUUAUAAAAUUGAAUCAUUGUAAUCAUUGAAUUUUAGGGUGAUUAAUGGUCAAGCAUAUACAGAAUCCUAAUUCUAAAGAGUGAACUUUAUAUUGGUCAACACCAGAGUGUGUUCUAUGAGUGUCAUUGUUUUGAAUGAAGAAUUCAUUCCUAAAUUAUGUUUUGAGUGCUCGAUUAUAGUUUGUAAAAACAAAAAAGUGUAUUUUCAAUAUUUCUUUAAAUUUAAAAUAAAGCUUAUUUAAAAGUGUGUUUUGUGAUCAGUGAGCUAUUAUAGCAGUCAUUCCAGGUACCCAGUGUUGGGGUGCUUUCUGAGAAUGUUCUUACCUUGCUUUUAUUUCUGUGUUUCUCUAAGAGCAUUUCUGCUUCCUUUGAUGAUCUAGGGAAAAUAGGAAAUACUGAAAAAGAUCUAGAAGACAGUCUAACACUUCCCUUUCAAACACUGGCUUUUUUUCUUGUGCAUAUUUACCAUUUUACUAAAGUUAUCUUUAACUGUACAUGGUAGUUUGCAGCUUUUCUGUUUUUCUUUUUAUCCAGAAAGAGCACUUUAUAUUUCCAUUGGUAAUUACAAGUGUAUCUCAUUCUCAAAUGACUAGUGUUUUAUGACAUGUGGCUAUAUUAUAAUUUCAUCUCAUGUCCAGGGAUAAUUGGGCUUGUUUCAGGUUUUUCACUCUAAAUAAACCUAUGACUACUUAUUGUCUUCACACAAUGGUGUGGUUUUUUGUUUUUGUUUUUUAUUAAAAUUUGUGGACUUUCUUUUGGAGGUGAAUAUUUUUGUGGAGUAAAUCUCUAGAAGGGGCUUGCUGUUCAAUAGUGUCUCCUUGUUCUCUGACUUCCCUCAGGUUCUGUGAGGUCAUUUUACAGCUCCCCAGGGGGUGUGAAGUCAAGAUGGAGAACCUCUGGGCUUUGGGAUCUUACUAACAUGCAAAUUGAGAUUCUGAGUGUACCUGAGAUUCUGCACUGCCCGCAGGCUUCCUGCAAGGGAGCUACAUCCAGCAGUCCUCACUCUUCAGAGAAGGUCUGAAGGCCAGGUCAACUUAACAAAUGGAGUUCCUGGCUAAAUUCUAUGA